AUGAAGGUCGAAUACUCCCUUCUUACUCUGCUAUCGGCCUCGCUGGUGGCAGCAGCUCCGCGUCCAUUUGUCGUAACGGAUUCAGCCGUAGCCAAUUCAGGUGGAAACGUCGUCAUACCCGCCACUGGUCUUGAUAAACGACAGCAAGUGUCUGUUUACGGCUUCCGUAAGCGUGCUCUCGAGCUUCGCGGCGCCCCUUUGGUUGCUCGCGGAGGCGAAAACCAGAACCAGGCUGCCGCCGAGAACGCCGGAGGACAAGCUGCUGCGGGCGAACAGGCCGCGGCCGAACCAGCCGGCAAAGGCAAAGGUGAGGGCAAAGGCAAGGGCGCUGUAGGAGCAGCGGAACUUGCACCACCCACACCAUCAGGCGCUCCUCUAGCCCCCCCAGCUCCAGGUAAUGCAACUGAACCAGCGGGCAAGGGCAAGGGCAAGGGCCAGGGCAAGGGUGAGGGCAAAGGCAAAGGCGCUGUAGGAGCGGCGGAAGUUGCACCACCAGCACCAUCAGGAGCUCCUCCGGCUCCAGGCAAUGCUACAGAGCCCGCUCUUGGCAAGGGGAAGGGGAAGGGAGCCGCUGAGGAGGGAAAGGGGAAGGGGAAGGGAGCCGCUGAGGCGGCAGCCCAAGAGCAGGUUAAGCAGCAGGAAGAGCAAGCCAAGCAGCUUCAAAACCAAGCCGAGCUAGACGCACAGCAAGCCCAAAAGGACGCUGACCGUGCCGCGGCAGAGCAACAGCAAGCCGCGGCAGAGCAACAGCAAGCCGCGGCAGAACAGCAAGCCGCAGCAGAACAGGCCAAGGCAGGACAGCAAGCCGCUGCCGAGCACCAGGCCGCUGCUGAACAACAAGCCGCUGCCGAGCAAGCUAAGGGCCAAGAGCAGGCCAAGGGCGGGAAGCAAGCUAAGGGUGAAGGACAAGCCGCUGCCGAACAAGCCGCCGCUGAGCAGGCCGCUGCGGAACAGGCUGCUGCUGAACAGCAGGCUGCCGCGGGAAAUGCCACUGAGAUCGUGGGCGGCGGUGCGGCGGCGAACGGGACCGGCGUUGCAGGUAACGGCACGGAGGCCGCAGCUGGUCAGCAAGAGCAGGGCAAGGGAAAGGGCAAGGGAAAGGGAAAGGGCAAGGGAAAGGGAAAGGGAAAGGGUAAAGGUCAGAACCAAGCCGCAGAGGAGGCUCUUCAGGCCGGUGGUCAGGAGCAGCAGCAGCAGCAGCAGCAGCAGCAAGGCGCUGGUGGCCUUGACAUUGGCAAUAUCUUGAGCAGCCUUCUUGGAGGCGCAGCAGGAGCUGGCGGCGCUGACGCAGGUGCUGGCGGCCUGGCUGACUUGCUGGCUGGACUAGGAGGUGGCGCGGCUGCAGGUGGCGAGGGUAAAGGAGCUGCUGCAGGUGGCGAGGGUAAGGGAGCUGCCGACGGUACUGUCGAUCUGGCCGGUCUUCUGGCAGGACUGGGAGCUGGCCAAGCGGCUUAG